AAAAUAAAUCGAACACAACAUAGCAGCGCCUGCCUUUAUAAAAUGGUGCUUUCUCAAAAUAAAGGCUAAGGAAUGAUGCAAUCCGAAUGGUUAUGUUAACUUAUGUUAUUCAUGUUUAGGACUAGUACUUGACAAAAGUGUUGCUGCACACUCUCAUCUUAGUUUUAAUAAGUCAACUUAUGUGUGGAUGAAAGCAAAAAAACGUAAAAAAAAACCGUAACUAAAAUAUAAGGUCGUUAUUAUUAAACAUAGUACUUCUUGGUUUAUAUCACUGUUACUGGAAUUGUUUGUGAAAAUGUUGUAAAAACAACAACCUUUAAUUACAAUUUAAAUGCAGCUUUUUUUGUCAUGUUCAAAUUGUGCUAAGCUUUUAUAAAAAAAAUCAAACAAAAAAAAACAGAGACUGGUUUAGUGUUCCUUGCUUGUGGAUAUAUUGAACGGAUAUAAGCUAUGCAAGAAGUUUUUGACAGACUUAUUUUGUUGUAAACUAGCGAGUAAUAAUAAUAGCAGGAAUAAUAUUACUAAAAAAAAAAAAAAAAAAAAUCACCAUUGUACCUUAAGUGAUUGCCUUAUAGAGUUUUACUUUAAGGUUUAUUGUACACUGUGUUUUUUUUUUUUUUUUUUUUUUUUUUUUUUUUUUUGUUUGUAAAGGGAUUAUGUAUGUUUAGUAAUAUUAAUACUAGGUACAAACAAAAUACAAUACAUACUUGUAGGACCCAAACAAGGGCGGCAUAGAAUUCAGGCCCUCUGUAUCUGAGCAGGUCUGUAUUUUAUUGGUACUUUUUAAUUUAUAUAUCUAUUAUUUAUAUAGUGUAAGGAUUGAAUAUCAGUGUAGCAAUGAGUGCCCAAGCUCCGUCCUCAGAGAAAGGAGUGAACACUGGCCUUGUGUGCCAGGAGAGCUAUGCCUGUGGUGGCUCAGAGGAAGCCCUGUUCGAGUGUGAUGAGUGUGGGAGCCUGCAGUGCCUGCGAUGUGAACUGGAGCUGCACCGUCAGGACCGGCUCAAGAACCACGAGCGGGUCCGCAUCGGGCUGGGACACGUCCCCUACUGCGACACCUGCAAGGGGGCCAGUGGCAGCCCGGGGUUUGGGCACCGACAGAGAGCAGCCAUCAGGUGCCAGGGAUGCAAGACCAAUUUGUGUGCCGACUGCCAGAAGCGCACCCACAGUGGUGUGAACAAGAGGAAGCACCCCAUCAGCGCCUACCCUCCAAGCAAGGCCACGGAGGGGGCAGCAGCCAUGGAUGAGGCGGAGGCCCAGAAGAGACGGCUCCUCGAGAGGGUCCGCUGCUUCCUCCUGGUGGACGAGAACGAGGAGAUCCAGGUCGGGGACGAGGAAGAAUUUGCCAAGAGGCUGGACUGCAAGCAGGAUGAGCAUCUCAAAGUGGUGUCAGUUUUUGGGAACACGGGUGAGGGCAAGUCCCACACGCUGAACCACACCUUCUUCAUGGGCAGAGAGGUGUUCCAGACCUCUCCCGCCCAGGAGUCCUGCACUGUGGGGGUGUGGGCAGCUCUGGACCCCCUGCACAGAGUGGUGGUGAUGGACACGGAGGGGCUGCUGGGCACCAGCUCAAAGCUGGGCCAGCGCACCCGGCUGCUACUCAAGGUCCUGGCGGUGUCGGACUUGGUGAUCUACCGCACGCACGCUGACCGGCUGCACGAUGACCUCUUCAAGUUCCUGGGCGAUGCAUCGGACGCCUAUCUGAAGUACUUCACCAAGGAGCUGAAGGCCACCACUGCACGCUUCGGCCUGGACGUACCUCUGUCCACUCUGGGGCCGGCAGUCAUCAUCUUCCACGAGACCAUGCACACCACACUGCUGGGAUCAGACAAGCCAUCGGACUCCCCGGAGAGGCUGCUGCAGGAGCGCUUCAGGAAGUUGGGACGCUUUCCAGAGGCCUUCAGCUCUGUCCAGUACAGAGGCACACGCACCUACAACCCCCCCACCGACUUCUCAGGACUGCUGCGGACCGUGGAGCAGCAGCUGAGCAACAACACCAUGCGUUCCCCCCGGCCCCCUCGUGUCAUCUACAAGGCCCUGCAGGCUUUGAGUGAGCGCUUCAGUGGGGAGAUCCUGGACGAGCACAUGGCUCACAGCUCAUUCUUCCCUGACGAAUACUUCACCUGCUCCUCCAUCUGCCUCAGCUGUGGGUCUGGCUGCAAGAACAGUAUGAAUCAUGUCAGGGAGGGGGUGUGCCACGAAGCCAAGCAGCGCUGCCGCUACUCCCCGCAGUACGACAACAGAAUCUACACCUGCAAGGCCUGCUACGAGGCUGGGAAGGAGGUACUUGUGGUACCCAAAACCUCUGCGUCCUGCGACUCACCCUGGUUUGGUCUGGCUAUAUAUGCCUGGUCUGGGUAUGUGAUCGAGUGUCCGAACUGUGGGGUGAUCUACCGGAGCCGGCAGUACUGGUUUGGGAAUCAGGAUCCUGUGGACACUGUGGUGCGCACUGAGAUCGAGCACAUCUGGCCUGGGUCAGAUGGCUUCCUGAAGGAUAACAACAACGCAGCUCAGAGGCUGCUGGACGGAGUGAACUUCAUGGCCCAGUCCGUCUCUGAGCUUAGUGUCAAGCCGGCCAAGGUGGUGACCUCCUGGCUGACCGAUCAGAUCGCUCCCGCCUACUGGAGACCCAACUCUGAGAUCCUGAAAUGCCACAAGUGUGGCUGCCCGUUCCAGGAUAACGACACAAAGCACCACUGCCGGGCCUGCGGGGAGGGCUUCUGUGACAACUGCUCCACCAAAUCCAGGCCAGUGCCUGAGCGGGGAUGGGGGCUGGGCCCUGUGCGAGUCUGUGAUGUGUGCUUCGAGCAGAGAGGGGCACGCCCAGAUUUACAGGAGACUGAGUUGGAGGAGGAAGGAGGGACGCUGAUCGCCAGGAAGGUUGGAGAGGCUGUACAGAACACACUGGGGGCUGUAGUGACCGUCAUGGACAUCCCCUUAGGUCUGGUGAAGGACGCGGCUCGGCCGGUCUACUGGGUCCCUGACCACGAGAUCACACAGUGCCAUCACUGCUGCCAGCCGUUUAGCCCUAAGCUGUCGAAGCACCACUGCCGGGCCUGCGGACAGGGUUUCUGUGCCGAGUGCUCCCAGGAGCGCCGCACCGUGCCCUCGCGAGGCUGGGACCACCCUGUAAGAGUCUGCCUGAACUGCAACCAGAAACCUGGGGACCUCUAGCACGAUGGCCGGGGUCCCCCUCCCAACCCACCCCUGUCCCGGGAGAGCGUGCUGGAGUACACACUGUAAACCCCAGAAAUUGCAGCUGUGAAGGACAGAAGAACUGUUGCAGUGCAUAAUGUACAGUACUGUUGGGAGAAAGUGAUUACACGGACAUAGCUAACGUGAUGGCAUGCUAUUGAAGAGGAGUUUCUGGUAUGCAGGGUUAUAGUCAGGUCGCUUACUGCAAACAAGGAGUACAGCUAGGAUGUUGUGUAACUGCAGUGGGCCAUAUCUAUCAAGGUCUUGACACCAAAAUGCAAUUUGCUUAUUUUUUCAUCUAAGUAAAAUAAAACCAUUAGUCUUACAAAAUUAUUAAAAGGCAUUUUAGAAGGUUUAAUUAAGGACUUACAUGUGUGCCAAAGUGGUUUGCUACUAGAAACAUUAAUAAUGUUAUUUUUCUUUACAGUACAAUGUAAUUUGCACAAUUGUUUUUUGAAACUGAUUUUUUGGACUGAUUUGCUCUGCAUUGAACCAACUUCCACUCUGGCCAAUAGCAUACAGCUCCCAAAAAAUAAACAUACUUGUAAUGUGUCAUAUAGGACUGUAACAAUCAUUUUCCUAAGCCUCUGUAACUGUGGAAGUUAUGGGAAUGUGCAGCACAUCAUGUGGAAACUCCCUGCUGUGCACCAGUGCGCUCUUUCUCUCUGGAGCCAAUGCCUUCUCUUCAACACUGCAGUUCAGUCCUCAGGAGACUUUAUAACCACCCUGUAUAUUAGGGUUCGUGGGUUUGUUUUUUUUCUUUUUAGCAUUUAUGGUCUUUUUUUUACUUGCAGCUUUUAAAUCUAAUGUGUGGAGAAAACAAUCCCAAUGGAGUGGAUUUAGUGUAGUCAAAGAACAGAAUUACAAAGUUUAAAGAAAGAAAAAAUCAUUGCAGUAAACCAAAAGCAACCUGCAGAUUGGUUGUACACCAUAUAUAAAGGUAGCAUUUAAUAUGAGAAGUUCUGCUGUUACUCUCAUUGGUUUAGAAUAUCUAAGCAAAACUGGCCUUUUUGACUAAUCAAGCUAUUUUACUUGACCUGCAGGACAUUCAAAUUAAGUAUUUAAAAAAAAAAAAAAAAAAAAAAAAAAAAGUAUUAAAAAUA